AUGUCCGACAACGCCAAGCACGACGCCACCGCCGGCGCCUCGACCGACAUCGACGGCGACUUUGGCUCGGGCUCCUCGACCAUGCCCGCCUCGACCGCCGCCGCCACCGCCGCCGCACAGCGCGCCAAGGCCACCCACACCAGCCCUGGCAACAGCGGCGUCAUCACCGUACAGCCCCUCUCGCGCUCCGAGAUGCAGCCCUCGUACAAGCAGAACCUCGGCCUCGAGGACGUCGAGCACGGCUUCUACGGCUCCAUGAUGAACGGCAUCGGCGCCUUUGCCGGCUUCUUUGGCCAGAUCCCCUGCUGCUUCUGCUGCCCCAACCCGUUCAAGGAGAUCCAGCAGGGCUCCGUCGGCCUCGUCUCGCGCUUCGGCAAGGCCUACCGCGCCGAAGACCCCGGCCUGGUCCAGAUCAACCCCUGCUCCGAAUCGCUCCGCAUCGUCGACGUCAAGAUCCAGAUCAGCCCCAUCCCCUCCCAAACGGUCAUGACCAAGGAUAACGUGUCGACAAACAUCGAUUCAAUCAUCUACUGGCACAUUUCCAACCCGUACCGCGCAGCGUACGGCAUCAGCGACGUCAAGGCGGCGCUGGUGGAGCGUGCGCAGACGACGUUGCGCCACGUCGUGGGCAGCCGGACGCUGCAGAGCGUCAUCUCGGACCGCGAGCAGGUGGCGGCCGAGAUCGAGGAGAUUGUCGAGGGCGUCGCGGAAAAGUGGGGCGUGCAGGUCGAGAGCAUCCUGAUCAAGGACAUCAUCUUCAGCAAGGAGCUUCAGGAGAGCCUGAGCUCGGCCGCCACGAGCAAGCGCAUCGGCGAGUCCAAGGUGAUUGCCGCGCGCGCCGAGGUCGACGCCGCCCGCCUCAUGCGCCAGGCCGCAGACAUCCUCGCCUCGCCCGCCGCCAUGCAGAUCCGACAGCUCGAGGCGCUCCAGGCCAUGGCAAAGGCCGCCAACUCCAAGGUCGUCUUCGUGCCCAUGAACCUCGACGGCCCCGGCGCUCAGGCCCUCGUCAACAGCCAGGGCGUCGAGCCCAUCUCGUCGGCUGGUCCCGCCGCCGCCUCGACCAGCGCCACCCGCUCCGGCGGCCUCUCGGUCCAGGACGCCGCUAGCAUCAACCAGCUCACCCAGAUGUGA